AUGUAUUGUAUAAUGUACAUUCUUAUUAUUUAUGAAAAAAUUUGUUAUUUUGGUUUGUUUCGAACUGGGUUCUAAUAUUCCAAGAAUAUACUGCUCGUACUUAGAUUGUAUAUUAAAAUUAUUACCUCUGUGACGAACAGCUGUUCUUAACACCUCUUGAGUCUUAAGUGUAUUUAUAACUUGCACUAUAAUAAUGAUUAUUGCGAUAAAAUUUGUUGUAGAUCCAUAGUACAUAUAUACACUAUAAAGCAUGAAUCAAAACCAGUAAUAACCAACAAAAAUAGAUAUUUUUUGAAAACUAAUUUAAUUCAAAAUUUUAACCAAAAAUGUUUAUUUUCUAACAUUUUUUUACCAAAUUUGAGUUAUAACCGAAAUUUUACUAUGUAUUUGAAUAUAUCCGGACUGUUCAAGACGAUUUUGAGUUUAAUCAGCGACUGAACCUUAUAUCCAUGAGUCUUAUAAGCGACGAACAAUGUACUAUGUUUUAAAUAGAUUAUUAGAAAAAAAAAUAUUUGCACAUGCACAAAAUUUUAAAAACUAUCUGGCUUCAUAACAUAAUAUAGUUUUAAAACAAAUAAUACUAAAAACACUAAUAUAAAGUUAACAUGUCUUAUGGCCAUAGCCUAUAGCCCAUACAGAUAAGGCUAAAAUAUAUUCUUUAAAAUAUUUUAUUAUUUUUAACAGUCAAUAAGUUGUUAUUAAAAUCGCGUUUAUGCAAUCCGUAGGUAUAAACAUAGAAAAUUGCCUAUAUCAAACUCCUUAAAAACAGUCCGUUUGCAAUUUUUUGUAUGACAAAUCGUUAUAGGACUGAAUAAUCAAAAAAUGUUUCAAGAUCUACGAACCAAAAAUAAAAAAUUAUACCUAAAUUUGUUUAAUUUUUUUUUAAACAUAACUACAUAAUAUUGCACAAUUAAGAUUUUUUUAGUGCAUAAUAUUAUCUAUGCACAUAUUUUAUUAUUUUUAAGCGCAUUCAAUUCCAAUACCCUGCUAAUAAGUAUAAUGGUGAUAUUAAUCGGACCUUCCUACCCCACCCCGAACACGAGCGUAAUAUAUAUUCUAUGCACUGAGUGUCAAUAGUAAACGUCAAGAAUGCAGCUGUAUCAGAUAUAAAAUGUCGAUUUUUAAUGGCUUUGUUAGGACGUGUAACCCACUAUUUAAGAUAUAUUUUAAAUCGUGGUGCACACCAACGACAAAGCACGGCGUGCGGCUCGCCGGACGUAAGGUAGCCGCACGGACAUCGUCGUCGAUCGCAGAUUGACAGUAUUAUAUCAUCGUUAAUAAUAUAGAUAAAAUAGACAGCGCGAGUCGCGAACAGUAUAAAUAUGUAUAAACGGAGAUACACAAUAUUGGCUUGAAAUAUUGUGUUGACAACCAAUCUAAUUUACAAUACAUUAAAUUGUAAAUACGUUAUUUAAAACACUUACGUUCUGAUCGUUCUAUAGUUUGCAUGUAAUAUUGUAUCUAGUACAAUCAUAACUUAAUAAGUUACCUAACCUAUUUUUGUUAUAUUAUUAUUAGUGUAAUACAUAUUGUGAAAAUACGUGUGACGAAAUAUUGUAUAUGAAAAAUAUGGAAUUUACACAAAACAAUCAUCUGACGAUGCGCCGACAGACAGGAAUAAGAGAAAAGAAACCCUAUCUGCGUUACGUUUCUAAUCAGAGGAUUGUCAUCGAUAGCGAGUUGACAGUGCACCCGCGUAUGUGUACUGAUAAAUCAUACCCAUCAUGCGGCGUAUGUGGCAAGGAGUUUAGCAGUAAUAGCGUACUGGCGGUACAUCAGCGGACGCACACGGGCGUAAAACCGUACGAUUAUAACAACUGUGGUAAGUCGUUCUCUCAAAAAACCAAUUUGAUUAACCACUUGCGGACGCAUAUUGGCGAGAAGCCGUUUGAUUGCGACGAGUGCGAAAAGUCGUUCUCUCAAAAAACCAAUUUGAUUAACCACUUGCGGACGCAUACUGGCGAGAAGCCAUACGACUGUUACGUGUGCGGUAAGUCAUUUUCUCAAAAAAGUAGUUUAACUAGGCACCUGUGGAAGCACACCGGUAAAAAACCGUACCGCUGUGGUGUAUGUGACAAGAAGUUUAGUUUGAGUGCCACACUGAUGAAACCGGGCGGACGCACACGGGCGAGAAGCUGUGCCGCAGUGACGUGCGACAGUCCGACGAGUUGCAAUAAAAGGACGAAUUAGAAGUCGAUGUUUUUUUGUGCGGACGUGUCAGUAAAUGGCACGACGCUGUCUGCUAGGCAUUGUCGACAAAAAUAAUCCUUUCAAUGUGAUGCUGUUGAAAAUUAUGUUUGACAGUUAAUAACGAAUAUUUAAAGACUGUUAUUAACUGUACACUCGGUAAUUUCAUUGUUUUGUAUACAUUAAAAAUAAAUUGUUAUAUGUUUCUAUGUUA